AGAUUGAAAAAACCCAAAACCUAAACUUUCACGCAAUCCAAAACUUGAAAAAAAAAAACCUAAAAGCAAAACUUUUUUGGAGAGAGUGCCAAAGCCCGGUUUUGCUUUCAAUUUUUUGGACAAGUAAGGAAAAAACUUCCUUUGCACUAACACCACCAAGUCGCAGUAAGACUUGGAAGUAUUGCUGUCUUCGUUCAGACAUAAUUGAGUUUCUCAGCUUUUGUCUUUCUCUCAAACAUUUCAACCAUCAGGUCUUUUUUCUUUGAACCGCUAAAAUUAUCACUCUAAAUACAAGUAAACUCACAAGUAUGGAAUAUACCCAAUCUUUUUCGGGCUCUUUUCUGACUGUGGGUUUUGUUAUUUGAUCAAUGAUUAUGUAGUUUUUGAAGAUAACAACAGAUUGAAAGAGAGAAAGAAUAGAGUCUUUCUUGUUUGUUGAAUUAAAAAAUGAGCGUGUCUUUGACUGUAAUGACGUUUAAUCUGCAUGAAGAUCAAUCAGAAGACAGCCCAAAUUCGUGGGAGAAAAGGAGGGAUUUGUGCAUAAGUGUUAUCACUAGUUACUCCCCUAUCAUUCUUUGUACUCAGCAAGGCAUAAAAUCUCAACUGGAUUAUCUUCAGCAGGGAUUGCCAGGUUAUGAUCAGUUUGGAAUAUCGAGAAAAGGGCCCCAGGACACUUCAGAUGAACAUUGCACAAUCUUCUAUGACAAGGAGAAGGUAGAGCUGAUUGAAGGUGGAACUUUUUGGUUGUCUGAUUCACCUUCUGUCCCUGGGAGCACAGCAUGGGGUUCUGUAGUUCCAUGUAUUGCAACUUGGGCUACAUUCCAACUUAAAGGAGUUGAGCCUCCAGGAUUAUCAUUUCAGGUAGUAAACACUAACAUGGAUGAGUUCAGUCCUCGUGCUCGUAGACGAAGUGCUUUGCUUACAUGGCAACAUAUUGCAUCCUUACCACCUAGCUUACCGGUUGUGUACUGUGGAGGAUUUAACACACAGAAGGAAUCCACAACCGGGCGUUUUCUUCUCGGGAGAUCAAGAGAGCAUGGUAUGGUGGGAGACAUGAGGGAUGUGUGGCCUAAUGCCCGGGUGAGGAAAAAUGUUUCCCUGAUACGCACUUAUCAUGGCUUCAAAGGUAACAAGCAGGGAGCUCUUGAAUUCCUUAAGUUGAUUUUUAGAGCACUCUGCCUCUGUUGGGACCGCCAAACUCAGGAUCUACACAUAGACUGGAUUCUUUUCAGGGGGAGAUCUCUGAUACCUGUUUUAUGCGAAGUGGUCAAUGAUAACAUGGAUGGUUAUUACCCAUCCUCACACUAUCCUAUAUUUGCUAAGUUUCUGCUUCCACGUACUGUGAGAUUGAUAGAACCACCUACACGGUCACAAGAGGAAAACUAGAAUGCUAUUUGUUUAUAAGCUACACUGUUUUCUUUUUUCUUCUUUGAAGCUUGCCAUAUUGUCUUUGCAUAUGGGAACAUAGGUCUGUCUUAAUCAUGAAUCCUUUGUGGCUCUACAAGCAUUUUCAGUUGUUGAGAUUGUCUUCUCAGUUCUCAUGGCCAGAAGGGAAGAGGGGAAGAAGGCAUUUCGAAAUUGAUUCCAGCUUGUUUGUUUUCAGGUUAAUUGGUCCAGGGAAUGGACCAAAAAGGCAGGGGAAAGGGGGCAUAUGUGGAAAAAGAAUGCCCAAUUGUUUGACUAAGGUGAAUAUUUGCUUGUUUUCAGAAAUUUCAUUCUUUUGGUUCUGGAAAUGACCUCCUGUUCUAGGUUGAUGAACCUUAAAGUUCAAAAACCUACCCUUUUUCACCUUCCAAAAACUUUGUUGCUUGUCUGAAUGUGGGUUCCAUCCUAUCAUCUUAACAAUCGGCAUGCAGCUUAUGCCACAAUGUUUAGAUCGCCCGGAAAUUUUACCAAGUAUAUUUCAGUUAAAAAGAGUAUAAGAAUCUGUUACUUAAAACUUUCUCCAGUGAUUGAGGGUGAAAGCCCCAUUUAUACUGAUGGUAACAGAUGCAACUGACAAUUGUCUUCAAAGAGGCUCUUUUAUCCUAUUGGUGGAUGCCUCACUGACCAAGCUACUUUGAUUAAUGAAUUUAAGGGUAAUAAGUUUUUAAGUUAAUGAAUUUAGCAUGGUAAACUUUGGGACAAUAAGACUGAAGAUUUCAUGUUGGGAAAGGGAGAUUUUGCCUUUGACUAAAAUGGUUUACUUUUAUGACGGUAAGGUAAACAACGAGAUAGAUCCAACAUCAUUAAGCAAACUUCCAAAUCAUACCUAAUCUGAAGUUUGAUAAAUGACAAAACUUAAACAAAUACAAGUACCCACAUGAUUUCAUCAAGGUUGGUGAAUAAUGACCAACUUUUUUGACAGUCGUUAAGUAAACAAUGAGGUAGAUCCAUCCUCUUCAUGUCUUUGAGGUUGAUGAACUUAAGAUUUAAUAUAUUAAUGACAGAAACAUUUACUAAUAAUUAUAACAUAAUGAUGAUAUUAUUGUUUGGUGAGGAAAGAAAGUCAAGAUCAUGGCUAGCUUUUGCGCAGGGAUUCAAACAGCAGGUGUGGAACCCCUUGUAAAGCAUUCAUUAUAUGUAUUAAAUUCAAUUAU